UCGAUCUUUGAGUUUCCUUUUUUUUUUUUUUUUGUAGAAUUGGGGAAAUUCUCACAAAAGAUGGUUGAAGAAGAAGUAGAAAACCCUAAUUCGAUUUCGAUCGACAUACUUCCCGAUUUACUUGAAGAAUUCUUCAUUCGAUUGCCCACGAAAUCGAUCCUCAAAUGCAGAACCGUCUCAAAACAGUGGAGAUCAAUCCUGGAAUCAAGGAGGUUCGCGGAGAGGCGUAUGGCUCUUCAAAAAAGCCGCCGCAAAAUCCUGGCUGCCUACAACUGCGACUGCGGCGGACCGAAGAGGCUCCUCCCCGAGUCACGCUUUGAAGGGGACGAAGAGAUCGUCUAUCUGCACUGCGACGCCUCACGGCCUUCCAUGACUUGCCAAGGUUUGCUCUGCUUCCCCGAGCAAGAUUGGUUCAUCGUUUUGAACCCUUCUACCAGACAACUCCGCGGUUUCCCUUCCGGCUUGAACCAUAGGCGCAGCUUUGGAAUAGGAUUUUGGAAGACUUUCUCUCCGGGUAAUUGGGCACUGGGAUUUGGUAGAGACAAAGUUAAUGGGAGAUAUAAAGUGGUGAGGAUGUCUUUCUCUUUCCGGAGAGUUGGCCAAGAGGAUCCUCUGGUGGAAUGUGGUGUUCUUGAUGUUGAUACUGGUGAAUGGCGGAAGCUGACUCCACCUCCUUAUGCGGUCAACGCGGGAAGCAGAUCGGUUUGUGUGAACGGUUCUAUCUACUGGUUACACAAUCAGGGGGUUUGCAAAGUACUAGCCUUGGAUCUUCACAAAGAAGAGUUCCAUGAAGUCCCCAUUCCGGCUACCUCAAUCACGCUGGACACUCAGAUAGUGAACCUUGAGGACCGUCUAGUCCUUGCUAUAACCAGAGUUACGCCUGAAUGGAUACUAGAGAUAUGGGGCAUGGAUACAUGUACAGAGAGAUGGAGCAAGACUUACUCCAUAAGUCUGGAUCAUAGAGUUGUUUCCCGGCGAAGGCAGAAAAGGUGGUUCACUCCCGUGGCAGUUUCCAAGCAAGGGAAUCUUGUCUUCUAUGACAAUAAGAAUAGGCUCUUCAAAUAUUAUCCAAGGACAGAUGUUAUUCGUUGUCUCUCCUUAUACACUUGUGUUAUGUCUCCUUAUGUGGAAAAUUUGGUCCGACUUCCGUUAAAACCAAGCCAUCCGCAUCCUUCUCGGGGAAAUUUGGAUUUCGAAGUGAGGAUAUCUAGAUGCCGCUUGUUUUCGACGCCAGGUUCUUGGAUAUCCAAAGUUUUGAACCGAAAUAUUAGGAUUCUAGAUAUUUUGUUUACCUCUAUAGUAGUAGUUGGUUAUAUUUGCCUGCCUCUCUAGGAGUUACUUAUCUAGUGUCAAACUAUUCUUUGGUUCCAUUUACUUCAAGAUCUUGUGAUAUUUAUUUUGCUAACUCAUUAGUUAUUUCUCUUCCUCUUCCCUUUGACAUUUAAAUUGAUAUAGGCAGAGUUUUAUGGUUGCCUGCCCUUUCACACU